AUGCAACCUACUCCCCCUGCCGCCGCGCCCAAGGCCGGAAGCACGGGAUCGACAGCCCGCCCGAAGGCGCCUGCUGCGGCUCCUGCCGCGAGCUCGGCCGGCGGCAAGAGCCAUGCCCCCCGUGGGGGCAAGGGCUCUGGCAUGUCCCCGGCCCCGGGGACCGGCGAGCCAACCGUCGGUCUGGCCUUCUCCGCGCGCCGGACAACGAGCACCAGUGCCGCGGCCGCGGCCGCGGCCGCCGCCUCUUCCCCUUCCACCGUCCCGGGUGUCUCCCCUGCGGAUGCCGCUGGCAGGGGCCCUUCCGGUGGUAAGGGGUCUCGCUCUGCGAAGGAUGCCCCUGCGAAGGCUGGUGGCCCUUCGCCUGGCGGCAAGCAGGGCAAGUCCCGCGGCCAGGCCGGCUCCUCUGCCGCUGGCAAACCGAGCCAGCCCCAGAGCCAGCCGCAGAAUCAGCAGCAGGGCCAGCAGCAGGGCCAGCAGCCAAAGGCUUCACGCAAGCAGCGCCAGCAGCAGGCGCACUCGUCUCCAACCCCGGAUUCUCCCGCCCCCACCUCCCAAAAGGCCGAUAAGGCUGAUAAGGCUGAAAAGCCCGACAGGCCCGAAAAGGGCCCAAAGGCCGGAGGCUCUCGUUCCGGUCGGAAGGACAAGCAGGGCCGCCCCGACACCGGUGCCCAUGCCGGCCAAUCCCCGCAGUCGCAGUCGCAGUCGCAGUCGCAGUCGCAGUCGCAGUCGCAGUCGCAGUCGCAGUCGCAGUCGCAGUCGCAGCCCCGCAAGGACAAGCCGGCCAAGGGCAAGGGCGCCGCCACUCCGGUGGUGGCCGACUCGCCGAAGCAGGCGUCCCCUGCGCCCGGCGGAUCGGCGCCUCCCUCCGGCAAGCAGCGCAACAGGCGCAACAGGGCCGCCGAGCGUGCUGCUGAGCGUGCCGGUGGCCAUGGCCGCACCCCCUCACCGGCCCCGGCGGCUGCCGAGCACAUGGCUCCCGGUCCCGGGGUCCCAGGAGUUCGGCCGCUCGCGGCACAGCACCACCAUGCUCGGCCACCAGUGGCCGGGCCGGACACGCAUCACCCCGUGAGGCCGCACCCGACUGGCGGGGCAUUUGCCCCGCUCUCCGGUCAGGGCCACCCGGGGGCCGGGUUUGCCCCACCGACCACCGGCCGCGGCCAGCAGCACAUGUUCCACUCGACUUACCAGCAGCCACCAUCCCAGCCGCAGCCGCAGCCGCAGCCGCAGUCGCAGUCCCAGCAGCAACAGCAGCAGCAGCAGCAGCAACUGUUGCUCCAUCCGUACCCCGGACAGCACUCUCAUCUGGUUCUGCUGCCGCCCCAGCCCGGCUACCCAGCUAUGCCCCACCAUGCUCAGCAGGGGGCCUUCCUGCCGGCGCACCAUCCCCAUGCUCACCACCACACGUUGUUGGCGCCUCCGCAGUCCUUCCCUCAUCCGCAGUAUCCUCCUGUGUCCAUGCAGCAGCACUACCCCCCAGUUCCUGGGGCAUACCUCCCGCGUCAGAUGAUGGUCGAGCAGCAGCCGCAGCAGCCGCAGCCGCAUAUGCAUUCCCUGCCGCAUAUGCAGCCACCGCCGCAGUCGCAGUCGCAGUCGCAGUCGCAGUCGCAGCAGCCGCAGCCGCAGCCGCAGCCGCAGCCGCCAGUCGCCAAGAAGGCUGCCCCCGCAAUGUCUCCGGACCUGGCCCCGCGGGAUUCCCCCUCGAGCUUCACAUCGACCGUCUCGGCGUCGGCUCCCCCGGCCGCGCGGGGUGCUGCCACUUCGGACGCGCGUCCUGGCAUCUCGGCCACCACGGCCACAGUGGCGCCGAGCGUUGGCCCCUCGGGCCCUCAGCAGCAGCAGCACCAGGCGCCUGGCUCCAAGCAGCGCACUCGCGGCGGCAGCCGGGCCUCCUCUCCGGCGGACGCGGCAGCCCCCCUCGGCUCUUCGUCCUCCUCCAGUGGGGUGCUCCCCCGGCAGUCGCCGCUCAUGCUGCUUGCCGGGAAGCGUGCCCUCGGCGGGGCCACUUCCUCCGCGUCACCAGGCUCGACCUCCGCCGAGGCGGAUGCCCCGUCCGCGCGGUCGCACGUGUCGAUGGCGGAGCCCUCCUCGGCAGCCAACCUCAUCGAGGAGUCCUGGUCCUCGCAGGCCAUCAGCAUCCAGACCCUGCAGGGGGAAGUCGGCCAUGUGGCCGCAUCCCGGCCCGUGGCCGAUGAGGCCGAGGUCGAUUCGGUGGCUGCCUCGGCUGGGCCGAUGGCCACUCCGGCCCCGGUGGGCGGUGGCGACGCCGCUCCGGCUUCGGCUUCGGCUUCGGCUUCGGCUUCGGCCCCGGCCCCAGUGACUCCGGCUCGGCCAACGGCCAGUCGUCCAGUUGCCCGGCCCGAGCCCGUCUACGAGGUUACCGACAACCUGGAGGCCACCCCCUCCGGGGUGUAUGUUGCCACGCCGACGGUCGAGACCAUCACCAUGUCCACCAUGCGUCAGCUGGACUCCGGUGUGUGGGUCCCGGUCAUCGAGGACACCGACGGCAGUGGUGCCCCUCACCCGCAGGAUCUCCUGAACUCGACGGCAUCGCCCGCGACUUGCUCUUCUUCUUCCUCCUCCUCCUCCUCCUCCUUGUCCCCGUCCGCCUCCUCGGCUGGCCCGUCGGCCGCUACCACCGGCACUUCCGGCUCGGCCGUGGCGGCCAGCGCCCUUUCCCCGGCCGCCGCCAUCAGUCCCAGCCGCUCGCUCCUGCAGCCGAUCACCGGCCUGGGCCUGCCACGCCCGGCGCGCCAGGCCUCGCCGCCUGCCUCUGCCACUUCCGUCACGCCUGCGACCAUGGCUGCCGUCGCAAAUGCCGCCACUCCGGCUGCCGAUGCCCCGGCGGCCGGUGCUGCUGCUGCGCCGGCUCCUCUGGCCCCGGCCACCCUGACCGACAAGCCCGCCAAUCCCUUUGGUCGUGGUGAGAACAUCGGCGGCGGCGGCGGCGGCAGCAGCAGCUCGGCCACCUCUUCCGCCUCGGUCUCGAGCCCGGUUCCCAGCUCCGCAUCGUCCCUCGGCCGUGAGCUCGGUCGUGGUGGUCCUUUCGUCACCAGUUCCCUCAGCUCGGCCCCCGGCGUCGCAGCCGGCAGCGGCAACCCGGCGAUUGGCACGCCCUCCUCGGCAGCCGGUACGGCUGGCCCCGGGCGCACCGCCGGUCGCGACUUUGCCGGCAUCUCCCGUUCGGACAUCCCAGGCCCCUCGGCCUCGGGAGCCCCGGCGCCAACUCUCUUCGAGCGCGGGUCUCUGGUUCAGCAGCAGCAGCAGCAGCAAGGCCUGCAGCUCCAGCACCCGGGAACUGGCCCCUGUUCUGGGGCUGGGGAGUCCUUCUCGGCGGUGGCCCCGGCCGAUCGGCCAUGCUCGGCGGCCACCGUGGCUGCCAUCGUGGCUCGGGCCUACCCGGCCAGCCCGCCACCUGCGGUGGACUUCCUGCCGGCCGAGCCCCGGUCCGGGGACAGCCCUGCCCUGCGGCAGCCUUUCCGCUUCCCCUGGACCGUGUACUUCCUGCCGAAUGUCCAAGAGCAGGCGGGCUUGCAGCAGCAGGUGGCCGCGGCUCAGGCCGCGGCGGCCCUGCAGAGCCCGGGACAGGCGCUGCGCCUGCCGGCUGACGAGUUGUACAACCGGUGCAUGGUCCCGCUGGCCGUGAUGCAGACCCCGGCCGAGAUGUUCACCGUCCUGUCUAAUCUCGAGAGCCCGGUAUCCCAGGAGUUCCCCUUCCGCUCUCAGAUGCUGAUGUUCCGCAAUGACAUCCUCCCGGACUGGAGCCACCCGCAAAACAGCGGGGGCUGUCACUAUUUCGUGUUCAUCCCCUUCGCGGCCGACGACCGCUCGCAUGAGCGAAGCUUCACAUCCCUGCGCGAGGCCUUCCUGGACUUCAUGACCCUCGGUGCCGUGUCCGGCACGCUGCUGUCCACUCUGCAUGCGCAUCGCCCAGCCGAUGUGGACCGUGCGAACGCCAUGAUGUCGGUCCUGAAGCAGAUGCGCCAGCCGGUGUCCCCCGCUGACUUGGCCCUGACGCAUGAGGUUCUGUCGCCGAUUCUCGGCGGUCCUCGUCUCGGCGAUGCCCUGCGCCUGUCCACCGCCGCCCUGGCUGCCGAGCACCCGGAUCUUGCGAUCAAUGGUGUGGUCGUUCAGCGCCGGCACAGCGGCUGUCGGAUUGGCUUCUGGGCCUCGCGCCAUCUGCCCGAGCUGCUUGUCUGGCUUCAGAAUUACGUCUUCGCACUUGGUCUGCAGCAUGGGGUUCACCCCGGAAUGUCGAGGGAUUUCGCCGCGGAAUUCAUCCUCCUUAGGUAAGAACGCGCGGUGCCUAUUCCUUUCCCAACAUUCAACAGUCAGUAGUGUACCAUGCCCCUCCCCACAGAGAAGGCGAAGGCGGAGCACCGCGGCAAGGUCUCGGGGGGCCAUGCGCGUAAGCUGCAAUGCAUGCGCCACACACCGCCAGGUUUCCCCUACGGCAGCACAAUUAGAUGCUGUCUCGUGGCGUGGCCGAUCUAGCACCGUGUGCGCGUAUGUAUGCGUGCGUGUGCGCGUGUUCAUAUGCUUUGGCCCAUGCGCGCGUGCAUGCUCUUCCCGUUCUCCCUUCUUCCCGCUCUCCCUCUCUCCCUCUCUCUCU